UUUACAGUUGCGAACAGCUUCGUAUGUACAGACCCGGAAAUAGUUACGAGGGACGAAUGGGGUGCCAAACCACCCACAGAUGUUGAAAACUUAACUCUACCAGUUCCUUACCUCGUCAUACACCACAGUUAUAUACCUGCAGCUUGUUCAACAAAAGAGGAAUGUAUAAAUGACAUGCAAUGGAUGCAAAAGUAUCAUCAACAAAAUAAUUCAUGGUGCGAUAUUGGAUAUAACUUCGCUGUUGGAGGGGACAAUAGAAUUUACGUUGGACGAGGUUGGACAGCUGUAGGGGCCCACGCUCCCCGUUACAAUUCCAGAAGCAUUGGAAUAGUCCUGAUAGGAGAUUGGACAGGUUAG